AUGAGUGAACGACACGAAUAUUCAUAUAAAAAUAAAUAUCAAAAAGUGAGAGAAGAUAUUGUAGAGAGGAAGUCGAGAAUACUUUUUGUUCGUAAUAUUUCUUUUAAUGCUAAUGAAGAGAGUAUUAGAAAAUUAUUUGAGAAAUACGGAGAAAUUAAAAAGGUGUUCUGUCAAAUUGAGAAUAGAGGAAUUGCAUUCGUUACUUUUUAUGACAUUCGUGAUGCAAUAAAAGCCCAUGAAGAAUUAAAUAAAAAAGAAAUUGAUGGAAGGCCUAUCAAAAUUCAUUAUUCAUUACCUAAAGACAAUGAAAUUAAUAAAACAGAUAGUCUUGAGAAUCAUGCAAAUUUAUAUGUCAUUCUUCGUGGUUUUCAGAAAAUACCUACUAACGAUGAAAUCUUUCAUUAUUUCGAAAAAUUUGGUGAAGUCUCUGAAAUUAGAGAUUCAGCUGAUAAACCUAAUAUUAAAUUCAUUGAAUAUUAUGAUUCAAGAGCUGCUGUUAAAGCACUUGAAUCUUCUAAUAACGCUCAAUGGAAUGAAGGAACUAUAGAAGUAAAGUACGCAUCAUUUUCUAAAAAAGAUCUUGAACGUAUUGUAGAAACAAAAAACCAAUUAAAAAAAUUAAAACAUGACCACCUCGCAAAAGACAGAAUUAAAGACUACCCAAAAUAUAGAUCACCUGGUUCUUCUCCAAAAACAAUACCACCUUAUUCUAUUUAUCCUUCUACAUAUCAACCUCCUUAUACAUCUACAUAUCCUUCUCAGUACCAAUCUCCUUAUGUUAGUUAUCAAUACCCACCUCAAUACUAUCCACUUUCUGUUCAAAUCCAACCCCCAAACAACCAUUCCUCUCCUUCAGUUCCUCAACUUUAUCCUUCAAUCCCUCCUUAUUAUCAACAACAAAACCCAGCCACACCUAAGGUACUACCUGAAUACUCAAAUUCACAAAAACAACAGUUUGUACAGUCUUCACCUCAACAACCAUCCCCAUCACAAACUCUUCAACAAACUUCUAACUCAUCUGAUGACAGAAAACAGAGUGAGCCAAAUACUCAACCAACAUACAACCCUUAUUUUUCUUCACCACCUGUCCAAACAAAAUCUGAACAAUCGUGGAAAUCGGACACUAAUCCAUAUAAAUGA